AUGCGCUCCAAAUCCUCGAUCGGGGCCUUUGUUGCCGCCAGUUUCUUGGGUCAAUCCUUUGCCCAAGCUCCCGAAUAUGGAGACAGUGGUGGCAGUCCCGCCCAGGGCUCAGAGCUUAAUACAUACGGUGGCUCAUCAGCUACUUCAACAUGUGGCGCUGAGAAAACUACCACUGUUUUCGUCACAGUUCCUACUGGUUCUGGAAACCCUUCAGAGAGCCAGAGCGGUGAUCAAAACCCUGAUCAUUCAGAGCACACCGUGACGCGAAUUCUUCAAUCUACUGUAUUCGUAUCUGAUGGAAUCCCUCAUUCAAGUUCUGGUCCCUUUCUCUCUGCCGGUCCCCCUUCUCAAUCUACCCUCUCAUCUGCACCCAGCAUAAGCGGCUCUGGUAUCAAACCCUUCACUACUAUUACCAUUGACAUCUGGGGCACCGGGUCUGAUCCUGCGCAUGGCUCUAAUACGCCUGGCACCGGGUCUGCCACUGAUUUUCAACCCACUGCUUCCACACAAGGGGACUCCGUUACUUCUACUUCUCCUGGGUCGACAUCACAAACUGAUUCUGUCACCAACCCCUGGUCCACGGUAACUGUCGUUGGUAGCGGAGCUACUCACCGGACUUCACUCUCUACACAAGAUAGUGAAGGCGUUUCGACUCUCUCAAACACAGAUGCAGCACAGACUUCUGUCCCCACAGCCUAUGACAGUUCUUAUACUGGAACUGAGAAUCCUGCACCCACCGUGGUUACUGAUACAGACGUGUAUUGGACAAUUGGUGCAGAUGGACCGACCCAGGUUACCGUACUCUCCUCAUACACUCUCACUACGGAUGAACCUUCCAUCUCAGCACCAGAGGCCUCCACAACCGGUGAUGCUCUACCAGGAGGAGGGGUCACUGUCACUGGCGCUGACGGAAAGCCUACUGUGAUAAUUAAUGCGAGCACCAUUUCUGAAGGUGAUGGCCCUGAACCAACAGCCACUGAGAGCUCCAUUCCGCUACCGGAUAACACUCUCCCUGGAGCAAAGACCACCGUCACUGGUGCUGAUGGAAAGCCUACUGUGAUCAUCAAUGUCAGCGCCAUUUCUGAAGGCAACGGCCCAGAGCCAACGGCCGCCGAAAGCUCCCUUCCGCUACCUGGUAACACUCUCCCUGGAGGAAAGAUCACCGUCACUGGUUCCGAUGGAAAGCCUACAGUGAUCAUCAAUGGAGGCGACACCUCUGGAGCUGGCCCAACACAAACAGCCGCCCAACCCUCUUCUAUCCUUGACAACAACCUUCCAGGAGGAAGAAUCACUGUAACUGGUGCUGACGGAAAGCCUACUGUCAUCAUCAAUGGAGGCGAUUCUGGAGCUGUGGGCCCAACACCAACAGCCACUCAACCCUCUGACAACAACCUCCCAGGAGGAAGGAUCACUGUAACUGGUGCUGAUGGAGAGCCUACCGUGAUCAUCAAUGGAGGUGGCAUCUCUGGUGGUGUUGAACCAGAACCUACACCCGCCCAAACUUUAACGGUGCCUGGAAAUGCUCUACCAGGAGGAAGGGCCACUAUCACUGGCACCGAUGGUAACCCCACGGUCAUCAUCAAUGGAGGUAGCAUCUCUGGGGAUGGCGCUGCAACCCAAACAGCCCCGCAGAGCUCGAUCUUGACCCCAGGUAACAAUCUCCCAGGCGGAAGAGUCACCAUCACUGGAACCGAUGGGAAGCCUACUGUAGUGAUCGAUGCAGGCCACAUCUCUGGAGGAGAUGGAACUCCGCCAACAGCCUCACAAAGCGCUCCAACAAUUCCUUCAUCUCAAGUUUAUGGCUCUGGUGACUCUGGAUACUCUUACCCAUUCCCAGGAGGUCCCUCCUCGGCUGUGAUCACCGGAAGCAUCCCCAAAACCACGUUCACUGUCAUCGGAACAGAUGGUCUGCCUACCGUUGUUGAAGCCACUUUCGCAACCCCAGGUAAUGCCCCGUCAACUGGUAUCUUGCCCUUCCCUACCAAUCCUCCUUUACCUGGUUCAGCCUCUGGAAUUAGUGGUGGGAUCCCCACCUAUUCCCCUUCCUCAGCCAUUGGCAAUGGAGACAUCCCUCAGACUACAUUCACUGUCAUCGGCACAGAUGGCCUUCCUACCAUCGUCACAUCACCUUUUGAUGUUCCAGGAACAGGCUCUUUGCCUUACCCAACUAAUGCCCCCAUUCCCGGGUGGCCAGCAUCUGGGUUUCCUGGGUGGCCUUCUGCAAAUCUGCCUCCCGCUGGUCCUCAAAGUGGAAUCACAACACAGUUCACCUUUACCUACAUUGGCGGAAAUGGGCUGCCGACUCAGGUCGAGUCUACCGUUGUUCUCUCUCCAACGGACCAAGCUUCCAAUGGCGCAAUUCCAACCAUCCCGGUUCCGCGACCAGGAUCGUCAGUUGGCUUCCCUAGCAGCGGAGGCGUGACAACUUGUUAUAGUUACACCGUACUCGGACCCAAUGGGUUGCCUACUGUUGUUGAAUCGACGGUCGUAAUUCCUACUGCAGUCCCGGUGACGACUCCGCCACUUGGAUUACCGACUCAAUUGCCAUCUGGCCAAGGAGCUCCUCAGGGCUUCCCCACGGUUGAUGAGAUCACCUCUACUUUCAGUUACACGUUCACAGGAAUUGAUGGACGCCCCACCGUGCUGGAAACCACUAUCGUUGCAACACCAACCAACCUAGUACCGGGAUUUCCUGGUGGUGUGCCAGGGCCCGUGAUCACCCAAGGGGCAUUUGAUAGCGGUAUUCCAGGAUCUCCUUCAACCACCUGUACCACACUCACUUUUAUCGGACCUGACGGGAUUCCAACAGUAACAGAAUCAACAUGGACGAUUGCUGCUCCAAUCCAAACCACCUCUGCUGUAGGUGGCGCUCCUGGAGCCCCAGGCCCUCUUUCAACUCUUGGCUGGCCUUGGCCAGCAACUGGAGCUUUGCCAUCUGCACUUCCUUCUGGCUUCCCUUCAGGUUUCCCCUCAGGAUACCCCUCAGGAUACCCUUCAGGCUUCCCCACUGGGUUACCAUCAGGCUUCCCCUCCGGUUUCCCCUCAGGAUACCCUUCAGGUUAUCCCUCAGGUUACCCCUCAGGUUUUCCCACUAUUUUGCCAUCAGGUUUUCCCACUGGUUUGCCGUCAGGUUUCCCCUCGGGUUACCCUUCAGGUUUCCCCUCUGGUUUGCCAUCGGGUUAUCCUUCCGGCUUCCCUUCUAUUCCCAACGGCCAAGGAGCUCCUAGCACCACUUGCACUAGUUACACCGUCUUGGGACCUGAUGGGCUCCCUACGGUUGUCGAAACAACUUGGACGGCACCUGCUGGCUUCCCUCAAGCAACAGGCAAUUCUCCCAAUCCUUUCCCAUGGAAUGUGCCUGUUAUCACACCUGGCGCUCCCGGAAACCCUCAACAAACUGGCCCUUUUGGUGUGCAGCCCACUCUUGCUAGCACAACAUACACCCAGCUUGGUGCUGAUGGACGGCCCACGGUCGUUGAGACAACUUGGACGGAGCUUGGCCCUCUUGGUGUGCAGCCUACUCUUGCUAGCACAACAUACACCCAGCUUGGUGCCGAUGGACGGCCCACUGUCGUCGAGACAACCUGGACGGAGCUUGGCCCUAUUGCCACUGGUAUUCCUCAAGGCCCGGGCGGCUCUGGAGCCCCCUUCCCAUGGAAUUUACCUGGUAUCACUCCUGGUGCUCCUGGAUACCCCCAGCAGACUGGACCGUUUGGUACAGGGGCUUCUACCACUUGCACGACAUUCACCCAGUUAGGUGCUGACGGCUUGCCAACUGUUGUCGAUGUGACCUGGACUGUUCCAGCCCCUGCACAAACUACUAUCGGAGCACCUUCUGUUGUCUCAUCAGUUGCUGGCCUUCCCCAGGGCACAUCUCCACCCGAGCCUGAGAUCUCAGCAGUCACAACUUCGUUUACCGUUGUAAACAUUGGUCCGAAUGGUCUACCGACUCCUGUUGUUCAAACUGUUGUACUCACACCUGCUCCUGUUCCCACGGCUACUGGUGCUGGAAUUCCCUUUCCUCUGCCCUCCGGUCCAGUCAUUGAUACAGCGCAAAUCCAAACGCCUAGUUUAAGCGCUUAUGGGCCAGAGCUUUCGGGAUUUCCCACUAUUGGUGUACCCUUCCCACCAAACUUACCCUCUAUCUUCAGCAACGGCCUUCCCCCUCUCAUCACGGGCCCUUUGAGUGGCAUUUUGACUGGCCCAGGUGCAGGAACUCCCACACCUGUUUCCAAUCCUUUCGAUCAGUCAUCGAAUCUUGGAAUUCCAGGAUUCCCACUCACUCCUGGAGCUACCCCUCCGGCAUACGGAAGUGAUCUGAAUGAUGGUGCUGUUCGUCCCGGCCCAUCAGGUCCUUUGCCCACGGAUGCAACUCUUUGGCCCUCUGCAGUUGCCUAUAACACCCCAUCUGCGGCCUCCCCAGCUCUCAGUCUGCCAUGCACAACCUUAAAAACCAGUACUUGGGUUAAUGUUAUCCCGGAGCAGACGACAACGUAUACGCUCAACUAUCCAUUCACAACACUGGCUGCUGUUACUUCUCCAGUUAAACUUAGGGGUUUCAGAAACAUUGUUCGACGACAACUGAGUUCCGCAGGAAUUGAUUCUCAAUGGUCUAAUUCAACCACACCAAUCUCAACGCCGUCUGCAACAUCUCCAGUGUUACAGAGCCCAACACUAUGCUCCUCCGGGGGGAAUAUUGGCAACUAUACUCUUGAUUUUGAUGACAUCGAAGCCGGUCCAUUGUACAAUCCUGCGGGCGACUUCUGGUUCUCCCAGGGAUUUUCCGUCGUCCCCCCUUCUUCCCAGACGGGCGCCUACUCUCCUUCUUCUGGUGGUCAGCUCAUCGAAUUCGUCCCUCCUUCGUCAUUGGGAUCAAUUGGCAGUGGAUCCAGCGAUACAGCCGAGAUUGGUGUUGGCCCCAACUUUGCAAUCCCUUGUUACAAAUUCAACAUUUACGGUCUUAAUCUAGGAUGUGCAGCUCAGAGUAAUGAGCAAUGGUGCGAAUUUGAGAUCGCCGCAUACGCAUAUGAUGAAAAUUCCAGAAGCGAACAAUCCUUGUCAUGGUCGGAGACUAAACGCGUCCCAGCUUGCCCCAACUAUCCAACUGGUGUCUGCAGUUUGACAUCUGUUGAUUUAGAUGGGUAUUCGAACGUCACAUCUGUUUUGAUUAGUCUUCGAGUUGGGUUGGAGUCACGCACCUGGUGGGCUGACGAUCUUCGUGUUGGCUGGACAGACAAUAGCUGCGAAGCUGCCAGCUGUCGCGCUGAUUCUUCAUUUGUUGCCCAAAAGAGAUCUACACAGAACUCUCUUCGUCGCAGACUCUGGGAACUUGCGUCUCCAAAGCACAGGCGUUCUCUUGGCAGAUUCGGUGGGAAUGCUACGCAUUGA